AUGUCCAAAUCGGGGCCCACAUAUCUAUCGCAAGCUUUGAGCGCCGAAGAAGCGGUAGCCGCAGCAACCUCUCAAAAGGCGGCAUUAGAAGCGGCUAUCAAUGCCGCGGAACAUUACAUGAGAGCGCUGCGUAUAGCACCAGCCGACGAGAAGAAACAACUUGAUUCGAAAUGUAAAGAACUGAUCAUCAAGGCCGAGAAGAUCAAGAGCGCUGCCGACUGGAAAGCCGCCGCAUGUGCGGGGCCACAGAAAGCGUUCGCUUUGCGGCCGCCUGCCUCCACGCGGAAGCUCACUACCCGCGAAGAAAUCAUCAUUCUGGAGGGCGCGAAGCUCCAUGGCUAUAUUUUCCCACCCUGGACAAGGGCGCCGCAGAGGGAUGAAUUUGUCUGGGAAGGGCCGCCUUUUACGGACGCACCUGAUCUGCACCUCUCUGAUGUCCAGAAAGAUAUUUUUGCAGGCUGGAAACGGCCACAGGAGCUGUUGCAGACGUCGAAAUUGCUCAACUCGGUACAUGAUGAAAAGAACCCGACUAUGUCGGCCUCCGGGCCGACGGAUCUCGUACAAGACGUUUUGACCGAUUGUUCGGUAGUCGCGAGCCUUUGCGCUACAACCUCCAGAUCAGAGCGAGGUUUAGGGCAGCAUGCAUCGCCCACGAUGUACCCAUGCAAUGAAGAGAAUGUUCCCAUGAUCUCACGUUGUGCAAAGUACAUUUUUCGAUUUUACUUCAACGGAUCCUUCCGGAAAGUCAUCAUAGAUGAUCGUUUGCCCUCAUCAAAGACUACGCGGUGUCUUCAUGUGGUCGACCGCAACAACCCCAGCUUUCUUUGGCCUGCUCUGAUCGAGAAAGCCUACCUGAAAGUUCGUGGAGGCUAUGAUUUCCCAGGUAGCAACUCAGGAACAGACCUGUGGGUUCUGACGGGUUGGAUCCCAGAACAAAUGUUUCUGCACCAUGAUGACUCCACCUCGGAUGAAGUCUGGGGACGUUUGUACAAUGCCUUCCACCACGGUGACGUUGUGCUGACGAUCGGCACUGGGAGGCUAUCUGAAAGCGAAGAACAAGGUCUGGCUUUGGUCAGUGAGCAUGAUUAUGCUAUCCUGGACAUGAAGGAGAUACAGGGUCGGCGCCAGUUUCUACUGAAGAACCCCUGGGCCGGCGCAGAGCCAAACAUACAAAGUACCUCGACAGCUGGUUCCGAUCCGUCUGAUGCAAAGUCUCCCUUGUCGCCAGGCAAAUUCUGGAUGGAUUGUGAACAUGUUCUUCUCAAUUUCGAAAAUCUUUACCUCAACUGGAACCCUGGAUUGUUCAAAUAUCGCGAAGAUAUUCAUUUCACGUGGGAUUUAUCCCACGGCCGGCUCAUUGCCGGUUGUUUUGUGAAGAACCCACAAUUUUCCAUCUCCAGCAAGACGGGAGGAACCGUAUGGCUGUUGCUUGGAAAGCAUUUCAAGACACAGGACCAGCAGUUGAAAACUGACCACGCAGAAAGCGGCCUCGGGUUCAUCAGCAUAUACAUCUUCCAGGCAGGUGGCAGAAGGGUGUCACUCAGCGAUGGGGCACUCUAUCGCGGUCCGUACGUUGACUCCCCCAAUACGCUCAUGAGACUAGAGAUGCCGCCCAAUUCUACGUACACCGCCGUGAUUUCAGAGCAAUCUCUUCCAUCGGCGAGCCAAAACUUUACACUCUCGGCGUUUUCAACUGCUCCUGUUGCGGUGGCACCCUCACUAGAUAGGUACCUCUGUCUGACUAAAGCAACGGGGUCCUGGACAGCAAUGACAGCCGGUGGAAACGCCGAGUCGCCUCGAUACCACUCCAAUCCCCAGUUCAGUCUUACGAUUUCCGAGAAAACAGACGUUUCAAUCUUGCUCGAGACUACAGAAGCAGAGUUGGCCACCCACGUCAAACUCUUCUGGUCCAACGGCCAGCGCGUGUCGCGCGUGCGCAGUCGAGAUAUCAUUGCCGACAGUGGUGACUAUCGCCGAGGAUGCGCCCUGGCCGAGACUAAGUCUUUGGAUAAGGGAACAUACACCAUUGUCGGCUCUACAUUCGCACCCGACCAGCUCGGCCGUUUCACAUUAUGGAUCUCAUCCACCAUCCCAUGCGUCGUUCAGCAAUUGGCUUCUGAGUCUGCGGGGCGGCGUGUUGUCUUGUCGGAUGUCGGCAUUCUUCCACCGGGUAAGGACAGAAUGCUGACCUCGCUUGGGGUCUCUCGUUUAACGCGGAUCCGACUCAUUGCGCGAAACAAACGGUCCACAAUCGACUCUCGGGCCGCUGCACCCUCACCUGUGUUGAUGACCGUUGAAUUAGGCCAAGGUCCAUAUAAAGAGGUUUUGGCAACAUCUGAAGAUGGAGUUCACAGCGAUACUGCCUCAGGAGUGCGGGUCGAUGACUUCGAUUUGUAUCCCAACGUUGAGCGCAAUGUCUGGAUUGUCAUCGAGCGCAUUGGGGGUCCAGGAGGGCAGGUGGAAGACCAUUUCGAAGUCGAGGCACUAGCCGAAGAACAAGUGAAAAUUGGCAAGUGGACAAUUGAGGACGAAUGA